ACCACCACCUGCGCCACCUACUUCACGACCCUCCUCACCAACACCACCCUAACCUCCUGCCACGCUCUAUCCCUCCUCCUCCGCAACUCCGCCUCCUUCUUCCACACCCUCACCUCCGCCCCCAUGACCUCCUCCCUCCUCGACACCGCCUGCUCCUCCCCCGUCUCAACCUGCAGCACCGCGCUCUCCACCCUCGCCACCUCCCUCCUCCACCCCUCAAACUGCGGCCACGACUACACAGCCGGAAACCAACUCGUAGUGGACCUCUACACCGACCUAAUCACCUACGAGCCCAUCUACCGCGCCACAUGUCUCCAGUCGCCCACCACGGGCAACUACUGUUUCGUGGACGCCGUGACCAACACCUCAAACCCGGUCAACUACGAUGUGUAUUUCGUGGCGUUUGGGCCGGGGAAUGAGAUCACGGGGAAGCCGUGGCCCACGUGUAAUGCGUGUUUGCAGGCCACGAUGGGGGUGUUUGCCCAGUGGGCGCGGGUGGAUGGGCAGCCGUUGGUGGAGUCGUAUUUGCCGACGGCGAGGGCGUUGGAUGGGGAGGGGGCGUUUUGGUGAUGGGGUUGUGUUAGGGGGUUUGUUUGAGGGGGAUGGAUGGAUGGAUGGGUUAUGGAUUGGUUAUGGAUGAUGAUGAUAACGUUGGGUUUACUCUCUUUGGGUUGUUUACUUGACCUUACUUUACUUUACUUCUAAUGUCUAUAUUUAACUCUAAUCGACACCAUGUUACUUCGUCAGACAGACUCUACAAAU